GGAAGGAGCAGGGUGAAGAGGAGGAGGGAACUUUACCACUCUCUUGGAUUGGAGAGAAACACAUCAUGUGGCCACCUGGCACCAAUGUAAAAAGGUUAAUGAAAGAGAUGAAAAAACCAAGUGACAACUGGAUGAAGUUUGAGUUGGUAAAAAUCAAGUUUAAAUCUAACAAAAGAAAAGAAUGUGAAGAUUAUGACUUUACCACUACAGCUGAAUUAUCUCCUGAUGAAGCUGAUAGUGAUCAUGGGAAAAAAAAAGGAUACUUAAGAAAAAAGUGUUCCAAGACUUUAUUACAGAAAUUGGUAAUGAAGAAGGCACAAAAGCUACUGAUAAAUCAGUUGGAGCAUCUAAAAAUGGAAAAAAUAAGGAUAAGGGUGAAAGUCAAGCUACUGUUCCAAGAAACCAAGAAAAAUCUUCAUCAAUGCCGAAGCCUCCCACAAAGUUAAUUGAAAGAAACGCACAGUGCAAAGAAUUGGUUACAGAGAAGAAGAGUUCCAGUCAGACUUCUAACCACAGAGAUUCUAGAUCGCCAUCAAAAAAAUUGAGUUCCAGUCAGACUUCUAACCACAGAGAGUCUAGAUCGCCAUCAAAAAAAUUGAAGUCUACAAAUACAUUGAAGUCCACAACAAGACCAUCUACCAGGCAAGAAUCACCACCAUUUCGUCAGAAGUCAAGAUCUCGAUCACCACUUAUCACACAGAGGUCCAGAUCAAGAUCAAGAUCCCCACCAUUAUCUCAGAGGUCAAGAUCUAGAUCUCCAUCAAACAAUCAGACAUGGAGAUCUAGAUCAAGAAGCUAUUCACCGCCGACAGAUAUUUUUUCAAAACUAAAAUCUAUUUAUUCCUAUUCGUCCAAGUCCACAACAAGAUCACCAACAACACAGAAUCCAUCACAAAGAAAACCGUCAAACACAACUCAAAAAUCCACAAGACCUUCAAUAGAGGAGAUAUUACAAGAAUUGAAAAAAAGAUCCUCACAUAGUCUCCAUACUCAGAAAUCAAAAUCUAGUGAAGAUAGGUCACAUUCAACAGGGAACAGUCAAGGGUCUAGAUCUUCCUCACCUCUUGAGGAUUAUCUACUGCCAAGCUCACAAUCUCAACCACAGAGAGUUUCUACCAACAACAACAGAGCAAGGUCUAGAUCACCACUAGAGGAUUGGCAGUCAUUCAGCAGCAACAUAAGCUCAAGGUCUCAUGUCAGGG